AUGUCAGAUAGAUCAGUUAAUAAAACUGAUUCAUCAACAAAUUUGGGCAGUAGUCUCACCAAAACCGUGUCUCCCCCACUCCCACAACCACCAACAUCUCUUGCUCAAACUGAUUCAGCAAAAUUAUUAGACAGUGAUCCCAAAAUCCAAAAAAUAUUAAACAGUGAUUAUACCAUUGAUGUUUUAUUAAAUCGGUUAAAAGAAAGUUUGAAUAGUGGAGAAGAAUUUAGUAAAUUCAUAAAGAAGAAAGCUCAAAUUGAAGAUGAUCAUUAUAAUCAAUUGAAGAAAUUUGCUGGUCAUAUCCGGACAAAUAUGAAAAAUAAUUCCCGAAAUUUGAAAAAUGAUUCAUUACAAUUUCAAAUGGAUAAAAUAAUUCAAUUUGAUGAGUCAUUAUAUGGAGUUGGUAAUUCUUAUGUUGUUGCCUUGAAUACAAUGUAUGAUGAAUUGACAUCAUUGAUUGGAACAAUUAGUCGGACAAGAAAAUUGAUUAAAGAUGAACAUAAACGUAAAGAAAAAGAUUGUAUUGAUGCAAUAAUAACUGCAGAAAAGGCCAAAACCAAAUAUAAUCAUUUAUGUGAAGAUUUGGAUCGAUUGAAAACUUCUGAUCCCAACAAAAAAUCAUUUAGUUUGAAGAAUAAAUCAGUAGAACAACAAGAAGAUGAAUUGAGUAGAAAAGUUGAUAUUGCUGAUCAAGAAUAUAAACUGAAAGUUACUACAUGUAAAAAAUUAAAAGAUGAAAUUAUGGUGAUUCAUCGUCCUAAUAAUACGAAAAAAUUGAAGAAUUUAAUUUUGGAAAUGGAUAUUGCGUUAAAUUUACAAUUACAAAAAUAUGCUACUUGGAAUGAAAAUUUGAUUAUGAAUUCUGGGGUUUUAAUAUGCCCUUUGCAAUCUAGUAAGGCAUCAAUGAAAUCAAUGGCUAGUGAUAUUGAUAAUGAAAAAGAUUUGUAUCAAUAUUUGUUAAGAAAUGGUACUACUGGUGAUAACAAGUCAUUAGUGCCGGUAGAAUACCAUGUUCAUCAUUCAUUAAUUAAAACCAAAGAUAUUGGUAAACCAUUUUUAAACACAACCAAUACUCCCGCUAAUUUGAAAAGUGCUGCGGCAACAAACAGAUGGAACAAUACCACCAACAGCAACAAUACGUCCACAGCUUUAAAUUCAAAUUCAAAUUCAAAUUCAAACUCAAACAUUGAUGGACAUUCAAAAAAUUCAUCAAGUAUUUCUCAUGGCACAGGUGGUUCAUCCAUGUUAGGUGUCGGAGCAUCAACAUCUGGAUCUUCUACUGUGGGUCCCACAAAAAGCAAUGAUACCUUUAAUGGUCAUUCAAGUUCUGCUACCCAUGUAUCAUCAUCACCAUCAGUUCCCGAGAGCUCGGCACCAGCUCUGUAUCUGUCAUUAGAUCCAGCUGUUAGUCAAACUUCAUCUCAUAUAAAGGGACCUAAACCAUUAUCGACAUUUCAACAUCCAACUUUUGGAAUUUCUAUUGAAGAUGUUAUACAAUUUGCUGGUGUUGAUAAUGUCCCAUUGGUAGUACGCAAAUGUAUUGAAAUUAUUGAAACUUAUGGGUUGAAUCUUGUGGGGAUUUAUCGAAUUAGUAGUAAUCAAAAUCAAGUCAAUAAACUAAAAGAAAGUAUAGAUUCAAAUUUUACAAAUUAUUUAACUAUUGGCAAAGAUAUUGAUCCAUCUAAUGUUUAUGAAAGUGAAGUAUUUUGUGUUGCCAGUUUAUUGAAAUUAUAUUUCACUAGUUUACCAGAACCAUUAUUUACUAGUGCUGCCAGUAAAUCAUUUAUUGAAACGGUUAAAUCCACUGAUGGACAUUUUAUUGCCAAAAAAUUACAUCAAUUAGUAUUUGGAUUACCUGAUGGAGCAUAUUUCACAUUAAGAGCAUUAAUGUUUCAUCUUAAUAAAGUAGCAGAACAUGAAGCAGAAAAUAGAAUGAAUGCUAAAUCUUUGGCAAUUAUUUGGGGACCAGUAUUAUUUAAUGAUAGUUCAACCAGUGCUCAAGAUUUAAGUUAUAAAACCAAAGUUGUAGAAGAAUUAAUGAUCAUUGCCACAGAUAUUUUUGAACUUGAUGAAUAA